AUGAUUUUGUCUGAAAGGAAUAAACCAAGUAUUCUGCUGUAAAGAAAAUACAAACCUAUUUCUUUAUCUUAAGUUUUGAAAAAACCACUUAUUGUUAAAUCUUUGCCUCCUAUUUAUGUUUCUCCUUAAUAGAGAACAUCCUAGAAAAAAGAAUAAAAAUUAGAAAAUAGCUUCUCUUAAAGACCUCCAUAACCUUAAAUUUUCAAUAAAUUUGAAGGCAUAGGAGCUGUAGGAUUAUCACUUAAUCCAAUAUAAAAGUAGCCUUUUUAUUAAUAAUAUGUUUUAAUGAGCAGUAAAAAACUUGCUAUAUAAGUCUCAAAAAAGUAUAAUAUACACAACAAAAUUAAUAUAUAUAAUUUACAAAAUUACUCUUAGAAAUAUUAUACAGAAUCUCAGGCUGACAAAGCAAAUAAAUGGUCAUAAACAACAUUUGAUGAAGAAUAAUUAUUAGAAUAUUUAAAUAAUUGA